AUGUGCUUCUGGAAGAGGCUUUCACUGUUUGGGACGCCAUUGCUCCUUCUGCUCAGCUUCCUUCCCUCUACUGAGAUGGACCAGCCCUCCACCCAGAGGAGUCAAGGCAGAUUGGUGGACGUCCUACGAGGUUUCUCUGCGGGUGACCAGCCGCCCCUCAACCACUCACAAGGCCUCCUCAAAACGUUACUGGAGAGAACUGGGUGCCCACGGAAACUAAGUGGAAUGCAAAGAAAUUGUCACCUGUGUUUUGAGCCCAAUGCACUAUUACUAAUCGCCGGGGGAGACCUCAAAGAUCAGUUCAGGGAGGAGGUGGUUCAAAAAGUUUCGCUUCUCCUCCUCUAUUACAUUAUUCAUUGGGAAGAGAUCUGUUCUUCAAAGCUCAACAUGAGUAAUAAGGACUACAAGUUUUACCUGCACAGCCUACUGAGCCUCAGAGAGAAUGAAGACUCCUAUUUCCUGUCAUUGAAUGAGAUAGAAGACAUCUUAGCUUUCACCAGGAGGUAUUUUGACAUCCCCAGCACCCGGUGUAUGGAAGUUACGAGGUUGCAGAGAAUGUCUGGGAUCCUGAGUAGUGCUGGGGCUGAUGCAAACACCCUCCCUCAGCUGGCGGAGACCAUCAUCGCCCUGUCUCUCCAAGGGGUUUGUCUGGGACGAAGUGCCUUGCCUUCCCCAGACUAUUUCACAGAAUAUAUUUUCCAUUUCUUGAGUAGUAGAGACAUCCUCCGUCUAUCAGACCUAGAUCAACUUCUCCAUGUUCUCUGGGCCAAAAGCACCUGCAUCCAAAAAGAUAAAGUGAGUCAACUUCCAAGAAAACAGAAUAAUGUAACAAACCAUGAUUGGAUCUUCCCUGAUGAAUGGGGACCAAUGGGCGAAGAGUCAGAUGGUGAUCUAACUUCCUGGGAUCAGACUUGCUUCUCUUCUCGCCAGCUGCUGGAAAUAUUUCUACAGAGCAGCCUUGCACCCAUUUCCAAAGAGGAUUUUAAACAACUGAGUCCAGGGAUCAUUCAGCAACUACUGAGCUGUGCUUGCCAGUUGCCCAGGGACCAGCGAGCAAAGCUGCCACCCACCACUCUGGAGAAAUACGGCUACAGCACAAUAGCUGUGAUACUCCUCACGCUUGGCUCCAUGCUGGGCACAGUGCUGGUCCUUUUCCAUGGCUGCCAGGAGAACUACAAUCUGAUUUUACAGCUGUUCGUGGGCUUGGCUGUUGGGACGCUCUCGGGGGAUGCUCUGUUUCACCUCAUACCUCAGGUCCUUGGUUUCCAUAAGCAGGAUGCUCCAGAGUUUGGACAUUUCCAUGAAAGCAAAAGUCAUAUUUGGAAACUGUUGGGGUUAGUUGGAGGCAUCCAUGGAUUUUUCUUGAUAGAAAAAUGUUUUAUUCUUCUUGUUUCACCACAUACCAAGCAGGGCCUGUCCUCGGCUAAUGCACAUGUGAGACAUUGCCACCAUCUCGCAUCCAACUCUGAUUUAAAUGACCAGUCAGGCAGAGGCAAAUCUGCCUCAACCAUCCUAUUGAGAGGCCCAGAGGACUCACAGCCAGCUGAGAUUCCCAUAGGAAGCCCGACAGCCUUCAGUAGAAAAGGCAACGCCAUUAGCUUGUUGGCCAUAAUGAUACUGGUUGGGGACAGUCUGCAUAAUUUUGCAGAUGGUCUAGUAAUAGGAGCAGCAUUUACAUCAUCAUCGGAAUCAGGAGUGACCACAACAAUUGCUAUCUUGUGUCAUGAAAUUCCACACGAAAUGGGAGAUUUUGCUGUUCUUUUAAGCUCUGGGCUUUCCACUAAGACUGCCAUCCUGAUGAACUUCCUAAGUGCUCUAACUGCCUUCAUAGGACUGUACAUUGGGCUCUCAGUGUCCACUGACCAAUGUGUCCAAGACUGGAUCUUGACCAUUACUGCUGGGAUGUUUUUAUACUUAUCAUUGGUGGAAAUGCUUCCUGAAAUGAGUCAUGUUCAAACGCAGCGACCCUGGCUGAUGUUUCUCCUGCAGAACGCUGGAUUGAUCCUAGGUUGGCUCAUUCUCCUGCUCUUGGCUAUAUAUGAGCAAAAUAUUAAAAUAUAA